CAACUGAAUAUUCAGUGUCCACGUAGGAGUGUUCUAUAGCGUUACAAUCUUCUCGUAAAGAAUGGCAGAGGGAGAGGUGAAAAAGGAAGCUGAAACAAAGAAAGUUGAACAUACGUAUGCGCUUGUGAAAACCUGCGACAUGACAGAAGAAAUAAAAAACGAAGCAGUUGAUCUGAUUGUCACUGCCUGUGAAAAACAUGCACCAAACAAUUUCCUCGCAGCCAGAAUGAUUAAGGAAUCAAUGGACAAGAAAUUUCAACCAUCCUGGAACGCUGUGGUGGGUGAAGCAUAUGGAUUUGAAAUAGAUUAUUUGUGUUCAACUCUUUUAUUCAUGUUAUAUGGGGGUAAUCUGGGGAUAGUCACUUGGAAGUGUUCGUAAAUAAAAUAAUGGACCUACACUAA